AUGGAUUACUCGCAGCUGCCCCUGGUUCGGUCGGCAAGUGGAGCGUACGAUGCAUGGUCGCAGCUGGAAGGCCACUUUGAGAAGAAGAGCUUAGCCAACAAGCUCUUUCUUCGUCGCCUUUUCUUCACGGCCAAGAUGGAGGAAGGCGAUGAUGUGCUUUCGCACAUUAACAGGAUAAAGACACUGGCGGAACAACUCGACGCGGUGGGUGCUCCGGUCAGCGAAGACGACCUGGUGAUCACGCUUCUUGGAAGCUUAAGUGAGUCGUUUGCAUUUCUCAUUACUGCUUUGGAGUCAAGGGCCGACUCGCUGUCGUGGGAACUGGUGACAUCCAGGCUGCUACAUGAAGACAUGAAGCGCAAGGAGCAAGGCAGUGACGGGGUCGCUGCAGGUCAAGCGUUCAUGACAAGUGAGAAGAAGCGUAGUGGACGGCCAUUCAAGAAGACUGGCGCGGUGCAACUACUGCGGUAA